GAAGCUGUGUUUCCUCUUUCAAUGUCGAGAAGAUCAGAGCUUUAGGUCGCCAUUCCCACGGCAGCAGGCAACAAUGGCGGCGGAGAAGGAGCUCAAGAACAAAGGAGGCGACAAGUACAGCUUAAUCGUGCCCACCUACAACGAGCGACUCAACAUCGCCCUCCUCGUUUACCUCGUCUUCAAGCAUCUCCGGAAUGUCGAUUUCGAAAUAAUUAUUGUGGAUGAUGGGAGUCCUGAUGGUACGCAAGAUGUGGUAAAGCAGUUGCAGCAAGUUUAUGGUGAAGACCGAAUCCUUUUAAGAGCGAGGCCAAAGAAGCUUGGAUUAGGAACGGCCUAUGCUCAUGGUUUGAAGCAUGCGUCAGGCAAUUUUGUUGUGAUCAUGGAUGCUGAUCUAUCUCACCAUCCCAAGUACUUGCCUGCCUUCAUCAAGAAGCAGCAGGAGACUGGGGCAAGCAUAGUCACUGGUACCCGCUAUAUCACAGGCGGAGGCGUGCAUGGAUGGAAUCUCAUGCGCAAACUCACAAGUAGAGGGGCCAAUGUUCUUGCGCAUACACUUCUGUGGCCUGGUGUUUCUGAUCUGACAGGAUCAUUCCGUCUAUACAGGAAAUUGGUGCUAGAAGAUCUAAUCAAUUCUUGCGUCAGUAAAGGCUAUGUCUUCCAGAUGGAGAUGAUUGUCCGUGCUUCUAGAAAGGGUUACCGUAUUGAAGAGGUUCCAAUCACAUUUGUUGACAGAGUAUUUGGAAGUUCAAAGCUUGGGGGAUCUGAAAUCGUCGAAUACCUGAAGGGCCUCGCUUAUCUUCUGGUCACGACAUGAAACGAAGAGAUCUUAUUUAACCUUAUUGUAAUACUUCAACAUUACUGAUUGAAGUUGCAGGCCAAGUUUUGCAGCAUAGACUCCUAAUAUAGUUUUUGGUUCUGUCUUUGGUGUUGCUCUUAACUGUUUUUAAGUAAAUGAGAAUCUCGCAUCUAACUUAUUAUCGCACAUUAGAUCUGUAAACUCUGGGAAGUGCCCGCCUUUGUAAGUCAUCAAUGGAUUUGGUCUGGAAAA